AGAUCCACCUUUCUUUUUUUUCCCCCUUGUUCACAUGUGUUAAAGGGUUCUUGCUAACAAUAGAUCCCUUCACUAUCUCACAAUAAACUAUUGAAAAUACACACAUUGUAAUUCCUACUAAUCUCUUAUACCAAAUCCUCAUUGAAAAUCUCCAAAUUAGGCUCUUUAAGUACUAAUUACAAGCUUCAUUAGCCUUAAUAUAGUUGUGAUUUCAAGCUAUGUGAAAGAAAAAAAAAAUUGUGUAUUUGAGUUAUAUUUGUUUUGGGUAUUUUGGACUUACUAAAAUUAGAAGUGGGUCGACUUUGAAAUGGUCCAAAAUCAAGUUUUAUAAUCAUUUCAAAGUCCCCCAAAAUAGUUAAUUUUGCAGUAUGAUUGAUCAGUUCAUCAAUUUUGUUAUUCGUCCACCAAGGGCAGAUUACAAUCCAGAUCAGUUUUUAUGGGAGAAAGAGUUCAGUCUUGGGGGCAGAAAGUACAAAAGAGAAGACUUUGAGCUUAAGAACGAAAGAGGUCAUACCUUGCGAUGUAGUCAUUAUAGUCCAUCGUCAUUUCCUGAUAGUGCUCCUCUUCCUUGUGUUAUAUACUGCCAUGGAAACAGUGGCUGUAGGGCUGAUGCGAAUGAGGCAGCUGUAAUACUUCUUUCGUCAAACAUCACUGUGUUAACCCUUGACUUUUCGGGUUCAGGCUUGUCAGAUGGCGAUUAUGUUAGUCUUGGUUGGCAUGAGAAAGAUGACCUCAAGGUAGUUGUGUCAUAUCUGAGAAGCAACCUGAAAGUAUCACGCAUAGGUCUAUGGGGGCGGUCUAUGGGUGCAGUUACAAGCCUUCUAUAUGGAGCAGAAGAUCCUUCUAUUGCUGGAAUGGUCUUGGACAGUGCCUUCUCUAACUUAUUUGAUCUAAUGAUGGAACUUGUAGAUGUCUACAAAAUCAGGCUUCCUAAAUUCACUAUAAAGGUUGCUGUGCAGUAUAUGCGACGUGUCAUUCAGAAGAAGGCAAAGUUUGAUAUCAUGAGACUUAAUUGCUUACAGGUUGCUCCUAAAACAUAUAUUCCUGCUCUCUUUGGACAUGCUAAAGAUGAUAAGUUCAUUCAGUCCCAUCACUCUGAUCUCAUUUAUAAAUCAUAUGCGGGUGAUAAAAAUAUUAUCAAGUUUGAUGGUGACCACAAUUCCUCCCGACCACAAUUUUAUUAUGAUUCAGUGUCCAUUUUCUUCUACAAUGUCCUACAUCCCCCGGGAAUUUCACCAACUAAAAGUAAAAUAGAGAAAUAUUAUGAUUUAGGGGACAUCAAGGUCGGUUCUGGAAUGGAUGAGAAUCUCUUGUAUGAGAUAAUUGCAACUCUUCGGAAUGUUACUUCUGAUACAGCAAGCUCUUCAUCUGUGCCACCUUGCAUUUCAACAGCAAUGUCUGCUGCCGAACUCCUUGCUGACAUUGCCCCAAUUGCUAGUCUAAAUGAUCCGUUAAUUAAUGAAGGAGAAGAACUCAAUGGUCAUGACACUCCACAAACAGCGAAUUCUGAUUCUCAGGACAAGCAAAAUGGCGAAAAUGAGGACUGUUACUCUUGCGCAAGCUCAAAUCGAGAGAGUUGGGGAAGGUGCUCAUCUCUGGGAAGUGAUGGUGAAAUUUCCACAGAUUUUGUAGGUGCUGCCAGUGGCAAUCAGAUUACUGUAGAUGUGCUUGCGACCCCUUUUCGUGAUAGCCAACCUACUGCAUUGGAUUCAUCAAAGGACGACGAAAAAAAGAAAGGUGCACAAAUCAUAAAAAAGUCUAAGCGCGAGAAGUUUGAAAAGUUGGAGGCUCUUAGCCAGCGAUUACGGCUUUGCUUUCAGAAGAGAGUUAACCAUAGGAGAUACAGCUCCUCCUAACCAUCUGUUGCUAUUGAAAAGGAUUAACAGAGACAAAUUCUGUACUAUAAAUGGGGAAGUUGGCAACUUUUUCUUUGUGGCCCUUGCGUGUAUGGCUAGCAAUAGCGUAGGUUUGUGUAACUAAUUAUAACUCUCCUUAUAAUGUUCAAUUUGUUGCAAUUGGUUCAAGAAACUCCAAUGCCAGUAAACCUUUCUGUUUC